GGAGGAAGUGAUUGCAUUUUGAUAUAAUGUAGAAAGACUUACUCUAGUGUAUAUUGUGUGUUUUUGUCUACCAAAGAAACAUGUUUAAAUCACUUGCAAACAAGAGUAAAGAAAAAAAGAAAAAAUGUGACACAGGAAAAGAAACUGAGAGGAAUAAAAACCUAUUUUCUGAAUCGUGUGCAAUACAUCCCCAAAGAAAACUAGACUUAUUUUGUUCAAAAUGUGACAAAGUUUACUGCAGAGAUUGUAGAGAUACCGGCUCUCGUGAAUGUCAUAAAUACCAUAAACUUGCAUACAUAUCUGACGUCGCUUAUGUGUUUGAAAAUUCGAAGGAAUUUAAAGAAUAUGACACAAAUAUUUUAGCUCUUAGAAGAAAGUUAGAGAGGUCAAUUGAAAAAACUACGGAAAAUAUGAAAUUGUCAACUCAGUUACAAGAGGAAGCAGAAAACACAAUCAAACAGCAAAAAGAAACUUUAACUGAGUUAAUAGAAACUCAUUAUCGCAAGAUUUCGAAAAGAAAUAAGAAAGUGAAUGAGGACUGUCUGAAUAAACUGACAGAAAUUCUUGAACAAAGUAAAGGACUCAAGGCGCAAUUUGAAGACAUCGAAAACGAAAUUAAUGAAAAGAGGAAUCUUAAAAUGACCACACUGUUCAUCGCGAUAAAAAAAUCAAAGGAGGAGAUAAAAAGGACCGAAGAAGAAAUAAGAAGGCUUAACGAACGUAGUAAUGUAACCAGGUAUGUUUUCGAGGCUGGAGAGCAGGCACUUACUUUCAUGAAGAACAUGGAAGAUUUUGGAGAUCUUGUGGAGGAAAAUCUUAAUUCCGGAGAAAAGGACAAUACAUUUACUACUUUUGGCCCAUUUGACAGCACAUUGGACGAUAAUCGCAGCAGUAAGUUUUUAUUAGUUGUUAUUUAUUUAAGAAAAGAUUAAAUAAUAU